GGUCCUUAAAUAAGAAACCAUCGGAACAACAUCUUUUUGACGAGAAUAAUACAAAGAUCAAUCAACCAUGGAAGUAGAUUUCCAAGGAUACAUCAUACUUUUCCUCGUGUGGCUAGUCUCCACAGUUUUGGUCCGAAUCAUGCUCACCAAAUUUCGGACCAAGCCUCGCCUUCCACCAAGUCCGAUGGCCUUGCCGAUCCUCGGACACCUCCACCUCCUUGCUCCAAUACCUCACCAAGCUCUUCACAAGCUAUCCAACCGAUAUGGGUCUCUGAUUCACCUCUUUCUUGGUUCCGUCCCCUGCGUAGUUGCUUCCACGCCAGAGAUGGCGAAAGAGUUCCUCAAAACUCAUGAGGGUUCUUUCUCCAACAGGCCCUAUAUUUCUGCUGUUGAUUACCUCACUUACGGAUCAGCUGAUUUUUCAUUUGCUCCUUAUGGUCCUUAUUGGAAGUUCAUGAAGAAACUAUGCAUGUCCGAGCUUCUUGGUGGAAGGACACUCGAUCAGCUCCUUCCAGUCCGUCGUGAAGAGUUGGCGAGUUUCGUGCAACUGCUUCUGAACAAGGCCAAGGCAGCCGAGCCAGUUGAUGUUGGCGCAGAGCUUAUGACGGUGACAAAUAACGUCAUAUCGAGAAUGAUUAUGGGGCAGAGUUGCUCUUCGAACGAAAAAGAGGCUGAUGAGAUCAGAAAGCAGGUGAAAGCUAUUGCUGAGUUGACGGGGAAGUUUAAUUUGUCGGACUUCAUAUGGUUUUGUAAGAAUUUGGAUUUGCAAGGGUUUGGGAAACAGCUUAAGGAAGUGCGUGACAGGUUUGACGUUAUGAUGGAGAGGAUUAUCAAGGAGCACCAAGAGGAAAGGAAGAAGAAGGAAGUUGGCGAAGGUGGCGGUGAUGCAGUUAAGGAUUUACUUGACAUUUUACUCGACAUAGCUGAAGAUGAAACCUCGGAGUUUAGAUUGACAAGAGAAAACAUAAAGGCAUUCAUCCUGGAUAUAUUUUCUGCUGGAACCGACACAUCUGCAAUCACGACAGAAUGGGCACUAGCAGAACUAAUCAACCAUCCAGAUGUGAUGCAGAAAGCAAGACAAGAAAUUGACACCAUAAUUGGAACAAACAGGCUCGUACAAGAAUCAGACAUUGCCAACCUUCCCUACCUACAAGCCAUAGUGAAAGAAACCCUAAGGCUUCACCCAACCGGCCCAUUAAUCGUGAGAGAGUCCUCCGAAUUUUGCACCAUCGGCGGCUAUGACAUUCCCGCGAAAACAAGAUUAUUUGUGAAUGUGUGGGCUAUCAACAGAGACCCUAACCACUGGGAGAAGCCAUUGGAGUUUGAGCCGGAGAGGUUUGUGACCGAAGAGGGAAGUGGGAAGAGCCAGUUAGAUGUGAGGGGGCAGCAUUUUCAUCUGUUGCCAUUUGGGAGUGGACGAAGAGGAUGUCCCGGAACCUCGCUUGCAAUGCAGGUUGUGCAGACAACACUUGCAGCUAUGGUUCAGUGCUUUGAGUGGAAAGUUGAAGGAACUGUUGACAUGGAAGAGGCAGCUGGAUUAACACUUCCGAGGGCUCAUCCUUUGGUUUGUGUUCCAGUGGCUAGGUUCAAUCCCGUUCCAUCUUCCUGAAUGAUCAUUCAUAGAGAACCUUGUGUGUUUUACAAGCUGUCACUGAAAGAAUUCAAAUGUAUUAUUAAAUACUUUAUCAAAUACUGUGGUUCUUCCUUUUGCACCUUUCCUUCCCUUCUGAGAAUUUGACUUCUCAGUUGCAUUCAUCUGCUCUAUCAUCAAGUCAAUGGAUUCACCUCAUACAUGUUGCCUUCCGAUCUCCUUCUGAAAAGAAGAAUUUUUCCACAGUUACCUCUUCUAACUGUAAAAGGCACACAUUGUAUCCUUUGUUUACACAUGGAGAAA